AGACUGUUUUAUAUAAAAAAGAUUACGUUCAACAUCUUCUUUUAUUGAAAGGCCCUUAGGUGUAGAACAGAAAAAAAGACUGAUAAUUUAUUGAAAUUGGCAUGAUCGGAUAGGAAAAGUAGAAGAGAAAAGAGGAAGAGAGAAAGAAGAGAAGAGAGGAAAAGAAAAAUCAGAUCCAUUGACCUACGUAUGUAGAGUAGAUAAAGUAUAUCCGAAUGAUGACGCAUACACACAAGUUGAAGAAGAGAAUAAGAAAUAAAGAUGUAUGUUAGAGCACUCUAACAAAGUUAAAUCUAUUUAAUAUAUAUUUGGAACCGAACCGGUCCCAUCACUGGAGUAAAACAUGUUAUUCAUCAAAUUUAUUUUUUAUCUGCUGAUGGAAUUCGAUCUUUUUAUAAAGGUUAUUUAUUAACAUUAGGAAUCUCUCUUCCAUUUAAUUCAAUUGUUUGGACACUUUAUUGGAAAAUUCAAUCGAAUUUAGAAAUAAUUAUUCCUGUUAAAUAUGAUAAAAUAAUAAGUCGAUUAUCAUCAACAUUGACUGCUAUUUUAACAUCAUAUUUAACACAACCAAUGGACGAUUUAAAAACACGUUUACAAGUUGCAUUUAAUAGAGAAUCGAUUUUAAAAACAUUUUGUAUUAUUAUUCGACAAAGAGAUAUUAAAGGACUAUUUUCUGGUUCAAUAGUUCGAACAUUAAUAAUAAUGGUCAAUUCUGUUAUUAUGAUGUCUCUUUAUGAAAUUAUUAAACGUGCUUCACUCAAAUCUAAUACACCAUAUUUUAUUAUUAAUCAAGAAAAUAAAAUAAAUUAA